UCCUCCAGAUACCCCAAAUCCUUUCUUCACUUUUCUCUGUUUUCGUUGGGUGAUUUCUUUGGAAUUCAAAAUUAUGGUUUCGUUUCACUGAUUUGCCUCUACCAUACAAUACUCCAAACCUGUUCUUCCUUCUUCUCAAUUUCCCAAUGGCUACGCUGCUGAGAAAAGUUUGGGGAUCCGUGUCCACUCGCUCGGGAUUGCACUCGGAAACGUCGUCUACCGAUCGCCGUGGGUUUGAAGAGCCGCCGUCGUUGGGUGAAUUCGAUCGGAUUCCGAUGGAUAUACUGAUGCAAAUACUCAAAUUAGCUGGCCCUAAGACCUCAGCUAAAAUGGGUAUGCUCUGUAAGUCUUGGAGAUCUCUUGUUUCUGACAAUACUCUUUGGAUUUUCUUCCUUCAUAACCAAUUGGAGCCUUGGGAUUCUGUUUUGUUUGGAGAAACUAAGUUGGCUUCCGGAUACCCUCUUGAAACAUGUUCCAGUCAGAUGAUGCCAUUGUCGUUCAUGAAAGUGUAUAGCAAACGGGCAGAAGUGCCGGGCUCUGUUAUCAUUGAUGGUGGUUCUGGUUAUUGCAAAUUUGGUUGGAGCAAAUACACUUGUCCAUCUGGUCGUUCUCCAACAUUUUUGGAAUUUGGGAACAUCGAAUCUCCUAUGUAUUCUAGACUACGCCAUUUUUUUGCUACUAUUUAUAGCAGGAUGCGGGUUAAACCAUCGUUCCAUCCAGUGGUAGUGUCAUUACCAAUCUGCCAUUAUGAUGAUACCGAGUCAGCCAAAGCAUCGAGACAGCAACUCAAAGAAGCCAUCCAUUCAGUGUUAUUUGACAUGAAUGUCCCGUCUGUUUGUGCCGUUAAUCAGGCAACACUGGCCCUGUAUGCUGCAAGAAGAACUUCGGGAAUCGUUGUCAAUGUUGGUUUCCAGGUGACUUCAAUCGUCCCAAUUUUACAUGGCAAAGUAAUGCGGAAAGUGGGGGUUGAAGUUGUGGGGCUGGGAGCUUUAAAGCUUACAGGGUACCUCCGAGAGCUGAUGCAACAGAAUAAUAUACAUUUUGAAUCGAUGUACACCGUUCGGACAUUGAAAGAGAAUCUAUGUUAUGUUGCCGAAGACUACGAAGCAGAGUUGUGUAAAGAUACUCAAGCAUCCUAUCAAGCUGCUGGGGAAGGAUGGUUUACUCUUUCGAAAGAGCGAUUUCAAACCGGAGAGGUCUUAUUCCAACCACGAAUGGGAGGAGUACGAACAAUGGGUCUGCACGAGGCUGUGGCACUUUGCAUGGAUCAUUGCCAUGCUGCGGAACUAACGUGGGAUGAUUCUUGGUUCAAGACUGUGGUUUUGUCUGGUGGCAGUGCUUGUCUUCCAGGACUUGCAGUAAGGUUGCAGAAGGAACUUUAUGGACUUCUUCCUUCACCAAUGUCCGAUGGAAUCAGAGUCAUUCCUCCACCAUAUGGUACAGAUACAGCUUGGUUUGGGGCAAGGCUUAUUAGCAAUCUAAGUACCUUCCCUAGUCAUUGGUGUAUUACAAAGAAGCAAUUCCGAAGAAAGUCCAAACUCAACCUCCUUUGGUGAGCACUGUUCGUGUCGGGUUGUUUAUUCGAUACUGAAAGUCCGUUGAUAGAGCUCAAGGUAUCGAUGAGGUAAAAAUGUAGAGUGUAUAUACUUCUCUUUUACACAAGUGACUUGGGAUUAUGAUAAUAAAUGAAAUAUGUAGAGUGUCAAUUGUCUUGUAAUUCGUAUCCUUUCUCAUGUAUUGUAUACAACCUUUAGUGGGUUUGAUGUUUAUGCUGAUGUACAAGAAUCUCCUGUAAAUGCAAUUUAUUUUGCAGGCA